UCCCUCGCCUGCUCGCUCGCUCCCCAGCCACAUCUCGAGCGCGCUCCUUGGCGGCCGGCCGCCCACGCCCUCCGUGUCCGUGCGGUGAUCCGACGCGCCGCUCUUAGAGGCGAGGCCGCUCCCGUCGCUCGCCGGCGCGGCGCGAGGCCUGGUGCCGUCCAAGGUUCGUGGCGCCUCCGCAACCGAGCCUUGGUUCGUGGGCCUGGAUUUCCCGCGCUUGAUUUGCAGCUGAGGGGGCAUAAAAGGGGAACGGAAAUUAGCUUGCUCUGUAGAGGCCACGGGCUUCCCCGGCCCUCGCCCGCAGGCGCGGCUCUGCUUGAAUAAGUUGGAGUUCCUCCAAGUUCCCGGCUCCUAAUGGCUUCCUCAGAUAUCUCUGUUGAUAUUCGGCCCGACUUUAACUCAUUGGAUCAUUUCCCAAGCAUGAGAUACAUUGCAACAGAUAGACCCUGGCUGAAGUUAUAUGGAAUACGAGUUCAGCCUAUGCCACCAUUCAGAAGUUUGAGCUGCAAACCUGAUCCGGCACUCAUUCAUCAUUGCCUACCUGAUGAACUACUUCUUGAGAUUUUCACAAGAAUGAACCCAUAUACGUUAGGGAGGGCUGCAUGUGUCUGCCGCAAGUGGAAAUAUACUGCACGUAAUCCUGCUUUGUGGCGCGCUGCAUGCUUGAAAACUUGGCAGAGGAGUGGAACUGAAGCAAACUACAUGAUGGUUUGGUCCUUGUAUGAUUCGUCUUGGAGGAGAAUGUGGCUGCAGAGACCAAGAAUCCGAAUUGAUGGUCUCUAUGUGAGCAGGAACACAUAUAUCCAUACUGGAGUUACAGAGUGGCAAUUCAAGAAAACUGUCAAUGUGGUUUGCUACUACCGUUACUUGAGAUUUUUCCCUAGCGGGAAGUUCCUCUAUAAGAUUUCCCCAGAUAAAAUUAAAGAUGCCGUCAAGUGCAUGCAUUUCCGGGCAUCAAAGACUGAUUGUGUAUUUAAAGGCGACUAUAUACUGUCAGAGGAUGGCCAGAUAGAAAUGGCACUCCUGUAUCCCGGGCAUCGGUACACACUUGUUAGGAUGCGCCUUAGGCUUAGAGGCACUACAAUUGGUGCGAAUAACAGGUUGGAUGUACUAAAGAUUCUAACCACUGGAGUGAAUGCAACUGAGCUGAAAAACUGGACAGGCAGCAUUCUUGAGCUUGUUGAGGGCUGGGAGGAGGAUGAGACGCAUGACCCAGAUGUGCCUGCCGUUUCCCACAGCAGGGGUUUAUCUCCCUUUGUGUUUGUUCCGUUUGAGGAGGCUGAUACUUCGGAGCUAAACCUCCCAGUGGAGAAGAUGGAUUACUAUGUCCCUGGGUGAGCUACUCAUGGCGAAAAUUAUGAUGGAGAAUGGAGAUGAUGAUGGUGGAGAUGAUAAGCGAUUUCAUUUCCUCAUGGAUUCUUGCUAGAGCAAUAUGUAAAUACGCAGUGUUGUUUUAUUUCCCCUUCUGGGUUGCUUGCAUGAAGUUGUAUGAAUAAUUAUACAUGUGUUUGUUGAUGCUCGAAAACUGGGUAGGAAGAAAUAAGUUGUUUGUUGAUGCUAUAAAACGAGUGGAACCACCCUCCUGAAGUUACGUGGGUUUGUACUAUAGAAACAAGCAGUCUAUCGUUGUAAACUCCUGAAUCUGAAUAUGUAUUUCUGAUUGUACA